AUGGUGAGGCUGGUGGAGAAGAGAGUAGCUUUCGAGAUCGUCCAUGUCGAUCUCAUGAAAGGAGAUCAAAGGCAGCCUGAGUAUCUUACGAUACAGAAUAAUGAUAAAUUAGAGAUGAAGAGAGAAGGGAAAGUAGAAGGUAAUAUUGCCAUAGACAAAUACGAGAUGUGGAUAGUGUUCGGUGGACACGACGGUGUGGUCAGUGUUCGGGGUAGCAUGUAUCCAUUUGGUCAUGAAAAUGUGCUCCUGGAACUAAUCUCAGCUUCUGAAAAGAACUCAGAACCUUCUCUUGUACACGUGGAUACAGUUCAAUGGACAGAGGUUCCGACAGAUAUUGAUGUCAUGGAUACGGUUCGAUGGACAGAGGUUCCGACAGACAUUGAUGUCGUGGAUACGGUUCGAUGGACAGAGUUCUGGCGAUGCAUCCAAUGUACAUGGUUCCGUGGACAUCAAACAAUGUACUUCUUCCUUCUUCUUUUUUCUUUUAUCGAGGAUAAUCUUGUUUAG